UCAGUUCCGUCACACACGAACAGUUCCUGAGGCCUUUAAACGAGGGGCAAAAGCGGGUUUUCAUGACGAAAUGGACGGUUCCCGGCCGGUCUUUUCUGACGGCGUCAGUCCGCGGUUCUUCUUAUUCCUCUAGUCGCUAACCGGCCGGUCUUCUCAUUGUCGUCGAUGGGGGAGAGGAGAAGAAUGUGCGGCUUGAAGUCUCGACGAACACCAACCCGCCCUCUUCCUUCAAAUCUCCUCACGCCUGCUCGCUUCGGGUUCUGAAGCCGGACGUGUCGUUCCCCGCGUUCCAUGUCCCCAGCGUCGCUUUUCUUCUGUUGCCGGGUUCGGUAUGCCGCAUGAACCGGAGUCGCCGCCGCUGGAACACGAACGAGAGGGAGAGUCGCAGAAGCCACAGCUGCCGCGGCAACAGAGCCUGCUGUCACCGCCUCACAAGGUCGCCCGCCUCUCAUCGGAUGAAGCAGCGAUGGUGACCAUGGCGGCGCCUUCGCCAUUGAUGCUGGGUUUGGGGCUCGGGCUUGGAACAGGACCGGGAGCUUCCAAACCGGUCAUCACCUUCAUGCAGCUGCAGGAGCUGGAGCACCAGGCCCUCAUCUACAAGUACAUGGCUGCCGGCCUCCCCGUCCCCGUCCACCUCGUCCUGCCUAUCUGGAAGAGCGUCGCCGCUUCCUCCUUCGGCGCCUACCACUACCCAUCCUUGAUGGGCUACGGGAGCUUGUGCUUGGAUUAUCGCAACAGCAUGGAGCCGGAGCCCGGGCGGUGCCGGAGGACCGACGGCAAGAAGUGGCGGUGCUCCAGAGACGUCGUCCCCGACCAGAAGUACUGCGAGCGCCACAUGCACCGCGGCCGCAACCGUUCAAGAAAGCCCGUGGAAGCAGCCGCGACCUCCGCCGCCGCCGCUUCGACGCCACCCAGUUGUCCAUCUCGAUCCCGGCUGGUGGGCGGUUUCUGCCGCCCACCAACGCCGCCAGCGGCAGCAGCGGAACCGUGACGCUUGUCCGCGGACACCUUUUCUUUUUUCCUUUCUGCGAUCUUUAGUGUAUUGUGUAGUCUCAGUGAGAUUUGGCUGUCGGAGAAGAGAGAGACCUAAGGAGGGUUGACAUAGGAAGGCAGGGCCCACGAGCUUUGCUCCGCCGAAAGCUCCCACGAGAGAUGCGGUUCAGGUUCAGCCAUUCCUUUGCUUCUGAGGUGGUCGAACGUGGCAGAGACAGUGGAGUGAGUGGUAGAACUGCCUCUGUGUCCUCAUGGCCACAACGGUCAGUGAGAGACAGGUCAGUGUUUUGGUCUGCCAUGGUAAAUCGAUUCCCAGCUCUGACGCACGUCCAGUGCAGCCUUUGCUUUGUAUUUGAA